AUGGAAAAAUACGAAAUAGUUAUCGGCUUGGAAAUCCACGCGGAAUUGUGCACAGAAAGUAAACUUUUCUGUAACUGCGCUUAUAUUUUCGGUGCAUUGGCAAAUGAUUGUACGUGUCCAAUCUGUUUAGGGAUGCCCGGAACAUUACCGGUCAUCAAUAGACGCGCUGUUGAGUUUUCGGUGCGCGCCGGCUUGGCGAUGGGGUGUGAAAUCACGCCCUCCAGUAAAUUCGAUCGGAAGAACUAUUUCUAUCCAGAUCUGCCGAAGAACUACCAAAUCUCGCAAUAUGACAUCCCAUUGUGUCAGAACGGACAGGUAUCAUUUGAAUUUGAAGGCGAACUCCGUACCGUCGCCCUCCGUAGAAUUCACCUGGAAGAGGAUGCGGGGAAAUCCAUUCACGCCGAAGUCACAGGUGAUCCAACCCGUAGUUUCAUGGACUUCAAUCGUGCCGGUGUGCCGCUACUUGAAAUUGUAAGCGAACCCGAACUGCACUCCCCUGAAGAAGCCAUUGCCUAUUGUCGUGCUGUUAAGGAAAUUUUAGAGUACAUUGAAGUCAGCGAUUGCAACAUGGAAGAGGGGAGUCUGCGGUGUGAACCGAACCUCUCCCUACGACCCAAAGGUAGUAAAGAGUUAGGCACGCGUACGGAAAUCAAGAACAAAAACUCGUUCCAAGAACUAAUCGAUGCAAUGGAGUACGAGGUGAAACGGCAGGCACGGAUUUUAGAUGCCGGUGAAGAGGUCGUCCAAGAAACAUUGCUUUUUGAUGCAAGCACGGGCAAAACCGUUGCGAUGCGCGGCAAGGAAGAAGCAGACGACUACCGCUAUUUCCCUGAACCGGACCUCGUUCAUGUCCAGAUAAGUGACGAAUGGAUUGAGGAGAGCCAGCCGACGCUUCCCGAACUCCCCGCUGCCCGCCGAAAACGUUUCAUUUCGGACUACGACAUCUCUCCAGAUAACGCAGAAUUCCUGACGAACACCCGACCUCUCGCCGAAUUCUUCGACGAAGCCGCUCGACUCAGCGGCGAACCCACCACCUGUGCAAACUGGAUCAUGGGAGACCUGACGCGGCUCCUAAACACUGCAGAAAUUGAGAUCCAAGACGCGAAGGUCACACCAGCACACCUCAAUGAACUCAUCCAGUUAAUUGGUGAUGCAACCAUCAGCGGUAAAAUCGCCAAAUCUGUGCUCGAUGAUGCCUUCGAGACAGGCAAAAUGCCGAAACAGAUUGUUUCCGAAAAGGGAUUGGCACAGAUUACGGACACCUCGGAGAUAGAAACUAUCGUCUUACAGGUCGUGGAGGAAAACCCUGGUCCCGCUCAGGAUUACCGUGAUGGCACGAAGAAAGCGAUCGGGUUUCUUGUCGGGCAGGUGAUGCGUGCCACCCGCGGCAAGGCAAAUCCGCAAUUGGUAAAUGAGAUUUUGACGCGGGUCUUGUCGACAGAUUGA